UUCAUAUAACUGAUAAAGAAGAAACAAAUUUAACUGUUGUAUGGGCAAUAGGUACUUAUCCUGUUGAAAUUGAAGAUCGUGACAUGGAGAUAGUUUUAUUUGUUCCAUUUAAUAGAUUUGAAAGAGAUUUUAAUACACAAUCCAUUUUCAAAAAAGAUGAAUAUUAUAGUAUAGGUGAAAAAAUUAUACCUGGAAAUUAUAAUGAUAACCUGAGAUUAAAGUAUCUGAUAAAUUCUGUUCGACCAGAUAAAUCAGUACUUUUUGUCACAGAACAAAUGGAAGUCAUACAAAAAGAUUUAUACAUGUAUGCUGUAGAAACUUCUUAUGUAGAUAUUUCUACAGAUGAAAAAGAAGGAUAUAUAAAUGAGACAACAGAUUGGGAGAAAGUACUAUUAAUUGAAAUAAAAAGGAAUGAACAUAACCAUAAAAAUGUUAAUAAUAAAACUUAUAAACAUAUCGAUUCGUAUGUUGUUGAAGAUAUUAAAUACAAUAAGGAAUAUGCAGGUGAAAGUAGCAAACUAGAAAAAAAUGUCACUAACCAAAAUAAAAAUAAAGAAUAUAAUCAUAAAAAAGUGCAUAAUACAGGAAAACGAGCCAAAAUGUUUAAAAAUAUGAAUAGUAAAAAUGAUAAAAAGUAG